UGCUGAACUCAUUCCUCCCAACACUCCCUCCUCACUGAGUGGACUUUGAGACCUCAAUAAGAGGAAGCAGACAGCUCUGACACACACUCUCUCACACACACACACACACACACUCGCUGAGGAGGCGCACGCCUGUGCAUCAGGAACUUUUCUCCACUUACACAGCGUGAUGGCGAACAAGGGUCCUUCAUACGGUUUGAGCCGUGAGGUUCAGAGUAAGAUUGACAAGAAGUACGACCCUGACCUGGAGGAGCGGCUCGUCGAGUGGAUUGUGGCUCAGUGUGGUCCAUCAGUGGGAAAACCACAACCCGGCAAACAGGGCUUCCAGACAUGGCUCAAAGACGGAUGUGUCUUGUGUGAGCUCAUUAACAGCCUCCAUAAGGACCUGAAACCAGUGAAGAGGAUCCAGAGCUCCACCAUGGCCUUCAAGCAGAUGGAGCUGAUCUCACAGUUCCUCGCAGCUGCUGAGAAAUACGGAGUCACCAAAUCCGACAUGUUCCAGACGGUGGACCUCUGGGAGGGUAAAGACUUGGCGGCAGUGCAGAUGACUCUGAUGUCUUUGGGAAGUUUGGCAGUUACCAAGGGCGACGGCUGUUACCGUGGCGACCCUAACUGGUUCCAUAAGAAAGCGCAGGAGAACAAGCGAGAGUUCUCAGAUGACCAGCUGAAGGAGGGUCAGAGCAUCAUCGGCCUGCAGAUGGGCUCCAACAGAGGAGCAUCUCAGGCGGGAAUGACCGGUUAUGGACGACCCCGGCAGAUCAUCAACAACUAAAGUUCAUGAUUUCUGACCUACUUUGCCUAUCAGAGAGGGUUGAACACGCACCCAGUUAGUCGGAAAAAACAAACUGGACAAUCGCAGGGACCAAAAGACAAACACGCAUAAUCACUUUACUGUCAUAUUAAACGAACAUACAGUAACGUAGUCAUGAAGACAUGAACUUGUGAAGUGAUACAUUCCGUGCAAAAACAACUCAUCUCAAAUUAGCCUAAUGCUAAUAUAUGACCGUAAUCUCAGUAUGUUUGUGCAUUGUGUAUUGAUUUUCAGUAGAUGAUUUUUGCAAAUAAAUUUUUUUUCAACUCAGCA